AAGCUAGCACCACCAUUUUUAAUAAUUUUAACUUCACACCUAGAAUAUUAAGAGAUAGAAAUAAAUUCAGUAAUUUGAUUGAAUAAAGUAUGAAAUGAAGUUUGUUCGUAAUUUUCUAAUUUAGUUUAGCAUAUAGAACAAAUAUCAAGAGAAUUGAGUUAACAAGGUUUUAAAUAAUAGAAUUCACAGUUGUUAUUUGGACAUUAUAAGACAUCUGGAGAUUUUUGACAAUAGUUUUUAAAUAUUUGAUGAUGAAUAUCUUAAAUGAAGGAGUAAAAGAUAGCUAAUUAUGAGAUGGAAUAAAAAUAUAAUAUUUAUUUACAUCUUACUGGAC